CCAAAACAUACAAUGACAACCCUGCCUGUGCAAGAGAACUCAAUGGUGACUGGAGCACGAGACCCACAAUGUCCCAGCCGUUUUGGAAGUAACAAACACAACAGCCUGUAGCCUGCAAUCCUCGUUGUGCUUACUGAAGUAUUCUUGCGCAAUUUAAAGGUUAAUUCUGGACAUUUCUGGUGUUGUGAGAGCUGUUCUGAGCACUCGUAUCAUGGAGUACACCUCUUCUCCAAAACCGCAGCUCUCUUCCAGGGCGAACGCUUUCUCAAUAGCUGCUCUCAUGUCAAGUGGAAAAUCGAAGGACAAGGAAUCGGAGGAAAACACCAUCAAGCCGUUGGAACAAUUCGUAGAAAAGUCGUCAUGCAAUCAAAACCUCGGCGACCUGCCUUCUCUGGAAACCCACGGCGAGUUCAGCAGCAGCAGCAGCAGCAGCAGCGCGCCUCCGUUAUGUACCGAGCCGCUCAUUCCCACGACCCCCGGCGUGCCCAGCGAGGAGAUGGCCAAGAUCUCAUGCAGCCUCGAGACUAAAGAACUGUGGGACAAGUUUCACGAACUCGGCACAGAAAUGAUUAUCACAAAAUCUGGAAGACGAAUGUUUCCGACUAUUCGUGUAUCAUUUUCCGGAGUGGAUCCGGACGCCAAAUAUAUUGUACUAAUGGACAUAGUUCCAGUGGACAAUAAAAGAUAUCGAUACGCCUACCACAGAUCAUCGUGGCUUGUUGCAGGAAAGGCAGAUCCACCUUUACCUGCAAGGUUGUACGUACAUCCAGAUUCGCCUUUUACUGGAGAGCAGCUAUUAAAACAAAUGGUUUCUUUCGAAAAAGUAAAGCUUACAAAUAACGAACUGGACCAGCACGGACACAUCAUCCUGAACUCCAUGCACAAGUACCAGCCUCGAGUUCAUAUCAUCAAGAAAAAAGAUCACACAGCCUCACUUCUUAAUCUGAAGUCUGAGGAGUUUCGUACAUUUGUCUUCACUGAGACAGUUUUUACUGCAGUCACAGCUUACCAGAACCAGCUGAUAACCAAACUGAAGAUUGAUAGCAACCCUUUUGCCAAAGGCUUCAGGGACUCCUCGAGACUUACUGAUAUUGAGAGUAGGGAAAGUGUUGAGAGCUUGAUCCAUAAGCACUCUUAUGCCCGGUCACCCAUUCGGACUUACACUGGUGAAGAGGAGAACUUGGGUGAAGAUGGUCACUCGGCACACAGUAGGGGUUCUGCUUUCACUGCAUCAGACAACCUCUCCUUUAGUUCUUGGGUCACCACCACGUCUGGUUUUUCUGGCUUUCAGCACCCUCAGUCCCUGUCAGCCAUUGGAACCAGCACGGCUUCAUUGGCCAGUCCUCUUCCUCACCCCAUCCAGGGCUCUUUACCCGCUUACAGUCGACUGGGCAUGCCUCUCACCCCCUCUGCCCUGGCCGGCUCCAUGCAAGGCAGUGGGCCUACCUUCCCUUCUUUCCACAUGCCACGCUACCACCACUAUUUCCAGCAAGGGCCAUACGCUGCCAUCCAGGGACUGCGCCAUUCUUCCACAGUCAUGACCCCGUUCGUAUGAUUCCUACCACUUUAGAAUAGGUCAGCCUGAUAAGAUUUUGCAAUUGCUGGCAUGUGAAGACAUACUGCACCCAUACACACACGUAAACACUUGCUUACACGAACAUUUCCUCAUUAUCAAUAUUUAUGAGGAAGAAGCCCAGUUCGCAACAUGUAAAUAAAAAUUGACUGCCACGACAUUACCUAAUGACCUGGACACUCUGUUUCGUGCAGUUUUACUGGAGAGAAAACAAAAGAAUGAACGAAAAAAAGGCCCAAUGGACACGGAUUUGGGUAAACCAGAACCUCAAGCAUGAGUUUUUAGCAUUGAUAAGACUCAGAGAUGGAAAGAUCUGUCUUCAUCUGCAGACAUGUUUAUGCUACCUUUAAUGAUUCAUCUUACUCCCUUAUCACUCCUAUAUACUUUCAAAAAAAGGAAAACCCAGCCAGAGCCAAAUGAGGGAGGACCUUACAGACUGUAACAUGCUGAACAUAACAAGGGCGAACACUGGACAACUGCUGUUUCUCAUUCUCCAUGAUCCAUCACCUCUUUAAUGAUAUGAUAUCAGCAGAGCAGCCAACCACUCGGUCUUCUCGUCCAAAUUGUUGACACUAGAAGGCACUGUGUUGUCAGGAUAUUGCAAUACUGGACGGAAACCUUUAUCAAUGGAAAAUUUGGUCAGGUCAUCGUAGGUUUUAUCUUUAUAGUCAGAUAAGUAUAAUUCUCUUUUUGCAAGGUUGAAUCAAGAUGUUUUAUCUGUUUUGUUUAGUUUGAUAUCACAAGCAACAAUUUAGUUGUUGCUAUUCUGUUACACUUGCUAAACAUUACAACAAGAAAAACUAUCAAUGAAAAUUAUUCAAAACCUUUGACAGUGUGGAGACGGCAAACUGCAAUGUACAUGAUGGCAUAUGUAAUUUCUUCUCAAUAUGAACCAUCAGCAGAUACUGUGAUGCCAAGUCACUACCAAGAAUUUAUGUUCAUGCUUAUUCACGGUCCAUCCCAUAUGUAUAUGGCUAAAGGUUGACACAUAUUGCUUACGUGUCAAAUUUGAAUGUGAUUUUUAACAGUUUAUUGAAAGAGCGAAUGCUCAUCUCUUUCCAGCACCAGAAAACUGAUCUAUAACCACCCAAGGCUGCUUGUCGACAGCCAGCCGGGAUGAAGUCCACACCUGUAAAUAAUGGGCUUACUUUUAACUAAUAGGCUUGCAUUUUCCCCAGGGUGAUUUGUUGCUAAAGUGGUCCCAUUUGUACAGUCACAUUGAUGACAAUUCAUCAACAUCCUGUAACCAAAUCACAGAGAAACAGUGCUAGCCAUAAUAGCCAGAUGUAGGAUCUGGACUGCGAGUGUGUGUGCGUGUGUGGAAGUCAUUUGUAGAAAUAAAGAGACAAUAAUAUUUGUGAAUUUUCACAAUAAAACCCAUUAAAUAUGACAACAUUGCACACUUGUGUAAUAAUCAUGCAGGCGCUCUCUAGUUAUUUUUCAAAACUGACCUUAUUCAAAAAGUGCUUUCAAGGUUCUGGUCUGUGUGUUCACAUUCAGUGUGCAUUUGAAAUGUGAUGUCCUAAUGAGCCAAUAAGACAAAGCAGAUAAGGAAUUUGCAUUCCUCAAUCUAUGGUCUGUGAAGUCCUGGUCACAUUUAAAUUCAAAACAUGGAAUCCAUGAAACACAACUUGUGCCAACCAUUUCAAGCCUUUGAUUUGUUAUCAACAGACUGUACAGGUAGUUGCAGUUUAUUAGCAAAUGUUUUUUCUUUCUUUUUCUUUCAUUUGUGUGUAUUUCUAAUUCAAAUGUAACCUCUUGAGGAGACGUCUAACAAUACUUUGUUUUGAUGACUUUUUUUUAAGUGCAAUAUAUUUAUUUCAGCUCUAUGAAAAAUAUUUGGCUAAUGUAAUAGUUGAAGCAAUGAUAGAUGUUAUUUGUAAACAAGGAGAAAUAUAUAUCACCCAUCAAAAUGAAAGUGUGUGAGAGUAUCAUUUUUACAUUGUCAGUUUGCAUUUACUUUCUUUGCAGCCUACCAAUCAUUGUAUUAAAGAAAAAUAACCAACAUAAAAGCAUGUUCGACUCUUUUAAAUUAGGUUACAUUUAGUUACAGUGUGAAUUGUACAAUAAAUUAAAACAGAGUAGCUAAAUUUGUAAGACAAAUGUAAAUGUCAUAAAUUUGACCCAAAUUCCAUUUAAAUGUAUUUAAAUUAGACUUAUUAAGAGUUUGUUUUUGUUCAUAAUUGAAAUGUGAGGAACAGUAAUUUAAGCAUCAGUCUAUAAAUGUACUUUCUAUAUUUAUUCACUUUUCAAACGUAUUACCUCUAAAUUGGCAUUGCUUAAAGCAAAGAAAUUAUACAUAUUUUACCUAUUGUGUUAACUGUGAUCUAUGAACUUAAUAUAUAUAAUUUUAUUUUAUGAUGGUGUGUCCAGGGAUUUGAUGGACAGCCAACAUAAAAAAUGUGCAAUUAUUUAACUCUUACAUUAUACAAAAUUAAGCACAGGAAGUUAUAUGAGUUAUUUAGGAUACACUGAUUGCACAGCAGGUUUUCAUUCUGUGGUGUAAACAUCAAACAUGUUUUUUAAUAGACAGAUAUUCAACUUAGCAGAUCAUAAUUAUAAAUAUAUUCACUGAACAACUAAAUCCUUGUACUCUUUGUACAAUUUGACUCAAACUAACAACUCCAUAAUUUGGGGAGAACUAUCUCUCUAUCAGUCAUUCAUGCAAAAAAAAAAAAAAACUUUCACUAUAUUGUCAAUUUUACUCAACCCUCCCAUAUUCAUAUUACUCAAAAAAUCAUGUAACCAAGGGAACUUAAAUUAACAGAGUUGAUUCAACUAAAAAAGUUUUGUUGUCAGCCUAAAUUAAUUCAUUUGUGUUGGGACAACAUUAAUAUUUUUUGUUUGGCUAACUGACACUGAGGAUUUUCAGAGACUUUCUAGUUCCCAGCAAGCUUUGCAUGGGACUUGACAGGGAGAGUAAAUGUUAUAUUUAGUGUUUUUUAAUUUAUUUAUUUUUUAUGUGUCUUUCUGCAAGAUGAAUAUAAAGGGGAAGACUUGUUCGUGUUUACUGUUUUGUUGUAUUAAGAUUUAGAAGAAUUUCUGUUAUGUUGUAGUUUUGGGGGUUACCAUCAUGGUGAACAGUUGAGAUUGAGCCUAGGUUGAGGACCAAUACGUUUUGAGUAUCAAAGAUUUUGUUUUAUCCAAAGAGUAUUUUUUGUGUUAACUAUAACACUGUGACUGAAUUGCAUUAGUGCUUCCCACCAGCAUGCAUUUAGCAAGCUAGCAUUUCCAGUCACUAAUUAGUAUAUCAGUGAAACUGUGUCAUUUGAGUUAUUUUGACGUGUUAAAUUGGGUUUAUUUGAUUCAGUCCAGUUCCCUCUCCUUGAAGUAUUUCAGUUGGAAUUACAUGCUAAAUUUAAUUUGAGAAAACUCAUUUCAAACAUGUGGAACCACUGACCAUGAUUGAGUCAAAUCAAAUCCCUUUAUUGUCACUCAACCAUAUACACAAGUGCAACAGUGGGUGAAAGUCUUGGGUGCAGUUCCAAGCAACAUAGCAGUAUGACAAUUACAAUAAACAUCUGAUUUACACAAUUUACACAUCUUGUUACAUAACACAAUACUCUCUGUAUUGUACCCCCAAUAUGUAGCCCCCCCAAUAAAUAUGAAGU